AUGAAAACAGACGACUCAGCAACAACGACAACAGCAGAGGCAGAACCUACGCCAAAAGAUACCAUCACACAAAACAGCACAUCACCACCAGCAGAGAAACUGUCAUUAGCUCAUUAUAUCCUCGUAACACCAUUUGCAGCAUUCUACAUUGUUGGUAGAGCCCUGUUUGAUACCAUCCGCUACAGCAUCUAUUGGUUCUUAUGGAGCUGUGAAAGAACAAUCCCUCAUUUGGAUGAUUGGCUAUUUGAUUUCGUUACUGUAUCAGUCCCUCGCGCUUACAAUGCCACAGAACAUUGGUGGACAGACCACGGCAAACCUGCCUGUCAACGCUAUGCCACCUACACGCAACAGCAUAUCAUCCCCAACACGGUGCAUGGAUUAGAGGUGUUUUUCGUGGGCACGUAUCGAGUAGGGUGCGCUAUUCAGACGGUCACCAUGGAAUUUGUUAAUGCUUGGAGACGCUUUGUGGAUCGUCAUGAUUGGCACCAAUUAGCAAUGGAUUUAAGCCAUGUCGCCUACAAGACAUGUUGGGUACCUACUGCUUGGUUGGUCACUCGUACCACACGCUUAUGUAAAAUUACGUACAGUGGACUUCGCGCUAUGGUGAUUUCAAUUGGCAAUGAUGUGCAUUGGACCUGUACAGUGGCAAUUCCAUACGUUUACAACUACAUUACAUCGACACGAGUGGCUCAAUGGGUAGGACAUGGAUCAGUCAUAGUGUGGAAGGGUGUUGAGAAGAGUGGUGUCUGGAUCAGCGACCAUGUAUUAGCACCUACUAUUGGACGCUUAUUGACAUUCCUCGUACGGUCGAUUGAUAGCCUCAUUCUUUUAUUGCAACAACGCACCAUCCAAGAGAAAGUUGAGCGCCUCUACCGUCUUGUGGCGCCCCAUGUGGUGUGGGCGUGUAUGGACAGUGUUGCUAUAGCAAACGACAUGCUCAGUGGCAGCUACCAUGCCUAUAAGGAACUGAUCAUGCCCACUUACGCUUUGUUUAUGAAACACAUCGUGCCCCGUUUAACGAUCGCUUACAAAGCAGCAGCGACUAAUUUAGUAGAAUGGCACAACACACAUCUUUAUCCUGCAUGGCUGGUGAUUUAUCCUUAUUUGAACGUCCCAUUACUCUGGAUAUACACUAAUCUCACGUUGCCGGUCUAUCGAGAAAUGUAUGCGCUAAUCGCCACCAUGACCCACUACAUGACACAGUAUUUGAGUGCUCAGCUCUGGACUUUGGGCACUAAAUUAGUCGAUACGAGUGCAGCCUAUGCUACAAGCGUCUAUAGUUUCAUUCAGUACUGGUUACUCAAGCAGGCACCUGUUCUUGCUGCGUUUAUUCAAUCGUCGUAUGAGAGGGCCACUCAAUUAUGCGAUUGGCAGGCCUUAUACCAAGAUAGCCUGGCUGUGGUAGCAACAACGUAUGAUUGGGUUUCCAGACAAUCCAAUGCCAUGUAUGCCUCCCUGGAACGAUCGCUAGGCGCUUGGGCAGAUGAGCAACAACAACAACAACAACAGCAAGGACAAGAUCAGGCAUUGUCUAAAAAGCAGAAAAUACAAUAA